AGAGAGCCACCGACGAUGGACGGAGUGGGGUCGUUCGGAGCGGGCCGGGCCGGGUCCACCAUGGAUCCGAUUACCUUCGCCAAACAACCGCAGACCAUCCUCAGAGUUCUGACCUGGAUUUUUUCCCUAGUGGUCUUCGCCUCCAUUGUGAACGAGGGCUACGUCAACAUAGGCAGCGAGCGUCUCCACUGCGUGUUCAACAAGAAUUCAGACGCCUGUAACUACGGUGUGUUUGUAGGCCUGGUGGGCCUGCUGGCAUGCUCCUUCUUCUUCUUGCUUGACUACAAGUUCUCCUCCAUCAGUUCUGUCAAAGACAGGAAGAAGGCUGUGAUGCUUGAGAUCGGCUUCUCGGGUUUCUGGACCUUCCUGUAUUUUGUAAGUUUCUGCUUCCUGGCCAAUCAGUGGUCUCAGACCACAGCUGAUGAGCUGCCACUCAACCAGGGGGCGGAUGCAGCCCGGGCAGCAAUUGCCUUCUCCUUCUUCUCCAUAAUCACCUGGGCUGGUCUAACAGUGCGUGCAAUCCAGAAAUAUCUGCUUGGUACAGACAUGACCCUGUUCACCACGGAACACCUGGACGGCGGUGCGCCCACCCAGCCAUAUCCAUCUAAUUCCCCGGGAGGCGGCACCACUGAGACGACAGAGACCUACCAGAGCCCACCGUUCACCGAGAACAACGCAGCACCCACGUACCAGGUUGACCUGCACUUUUCUAGACCUGUAUGUUGAACCAAACCUCUUACUUUAGCAAACCCAGUGUCCUCUGGUCAGAGCAGAUGAGAGGAACAGAAAACAGGAGGAGACGUAGAAGACGAGGCCACUUUGCAGUAUUCAAAAACUAUUUUGACAUUAAAAAGAGAUGAAGGGACCAACAAGUGAGUGACUUCACCACAAAGCAGUAUUAGAUCAUCAAACACAGUGCAGAAGGCACUCACACGCCACCCCUUCCUCUUGUCAUCCAUUGAAGUGACAAAAUCCCCUUUCAUGCCUUUUUUUAGCUAUAGUACGGUUGUUCUGGUCGUUCCUUCCCCUUUCUUGCUGCAGUUAAAAGUGAUAAUGUCUGUUGAAUCUGCAUGUUUCCAGUCUUAGAGAUCAACAAAGUGCCAUACUGUACUGUGUGUCUCAGACAGUGACUUAAUUUAGUAGAUUUCCACAUUCUGUAAAAAAAAAAAAAGAUUAUGUUUUGUGACAAAGUGCAAUAUCUCACAUGUAGGUAGGUAUAUACUGUACUAUAUGUAGGGUGGUUACCAUCAAAUUAGACCAAUUUAAGGCACUGUCUCAAAUUACAUACUAGUCUUUGAACUGUAGUAACAAAACUCAGGCUAAAUUGACACGUUGAGCGAUAGAUACUGUUGUAGAGACAUGGAGGCUGUAUCAGACAGAUCCUGAGAGGACCUUUCAUCUUCAGAAGCAAUUUGCUCAAUUAAAUAUAAUUAGCACUGUUGAGUGUCAAGUAUUUUUAGUCUUGCUAAUGUCAUGAAGCCCGUUAUUUUAACACGUCACAUUUGACAACAGUGCCACAGCGCAUUAAAGUACAUUGUCACGGUAGCUCAACAACAGGUGUGAUGCCGGUUUAUUUGUGUACAAGGGUCAAGAUUCACUGGGGGAAACGGCGAAUCACUUUACAGUCUGUUCUAUUUCUGGGUACUAGGCACAGGCAAAGAGACUCAAAGAGACUUAAAACAGCCUCAGAGAGACAAAAUGGCCAGAAAAGUCGCAAACAAUCAAAAAGACUGAACAAACAAACAAAAUCACCACCAUUACCAAUACUCAAACAACUACAGUGUGACUCUAAGUUACUAUAAAGCAGGGAUUUUCAACCAGUGGUCCGCAAAGGUGGAUCCUGACCAUGUAGUUUCACAGUAGAAUUCUUUUUUUUUUAUUUUAAACUAAUUUCCAUGUAUUACUUAUUGUUUGUGAAUAUUCAAAUCCAUGCAAAAAUAUAACAUUUUGAAAAUCCAAGCUGACUUUGGGGAUUAAAAUAGCGCCCAUAUGGUCUAUUCCUCAGGUUAUGUCUUAGUCAGAACGGUGGUCACAAUUAGGUAAAAGCCCCUGCGACAAAGAGAUCUGCAAAGGAUACAAAGAGAUGCAGAAUGACCAAAAACAUACUCAAAUUAACCACAAAAUACUUUAAAAAGCUAAAGAGAUAAACACAGCAACUAUACAGAGAUGCAAAACAACCAAAAAGCAGCUAAAAAUGACUAAAAAUACUCAAAACAGCCACAAAAAGAUUCGUACCGAGUACACAGAGAUGUGAAAUGACCAAAAAGAGAUGACUACUGGGAGACUCUACUAAAACGUUCAGUCUGGGGGUCCUGCUCCUGCUGGAGGGGCAGAGGGGGCCCAUGGUCUCAUAACCCCUCUACAGUGCCAGAGAAUGUAUGUAGUGUGUUAUUUGAGACAGUGUCCUGUGUUGAGUGCUGUGUGUAUAAAAUGGGUCCAGUGGGGAGACUCUGGGUGAGUGAGGCCUGUUUAUGUUUACAUUUUAGCAGCUGCCAAACUGCCCUGUGUUCUUACUGUUGUUGUUUGAUUACCACCUUACUACUAUGUUGUAUACUACUAUAAUCACGAAGAAGGGGCAGGGGUUAACAGAUGAGCUUUUAUUCAGCGAGAGAGGUCAGAUACAGUCUCAGGCAAAAGAAGAUAACUGUGGGAUGCUAGCUGGCUAAUUCACUAAUCCUGCAAUCGAGGUAGAGGGGGUCAGAAUUUGUUGCCAUGGUGACAGAGCCAGGACUGGGUGGAUGCGGGUCACCCGAGGACCCCGAUGUAGAUAGUAACCAUGCCAAUUAUGUCGAUGUAUAUCAGUGUCCCUGUGCUGUAGUUCACGUAAGCACUCUCCAUCAGUCAAUAUGUAGUUGUGGUGUGUGAUUGCAUCCACGUGCAACAAGUGUACAUGUGCACGUGUAUUACCAUGUAGGAGAGAUGUGUAUCUCUGCGUGUGCAUGUGAAAAUGUGUGGAUGUGUGUAGUUAAAUUUUGUGGUGCAUAAAAGUUAUUUUUUUGGAACAUGUGUCAGAGUUUUAAGUCUGUUGCACCAUUUACUCAUUUCCCCCCAAUAAACAUGGUCUUUCUGCUAAAUAUAUCAUUAUCACUGUCAAGAAACCUGAACCACAAGUUAUGAAACAGAGUUUGUAUGAACUGAGCCAAAUACAGAACUUCACGUUAGCUGUGAAGACCCCUGCUCUAUCCGAGCCUGUGUGAACAGCGCCCUCUGCUGACCACAGGAGGCACUGCUGCAGCACGGCUGUCUUUUAAGUAAUCACAUGAAUAAUGCAUGAAGUUGUUGUACAAAAGUCAUUAUAUAUUGAAUACAAUGCAAUUCUUAAGUUGAUUCCAGGAUCUUUUAACCAGUUUUGUGAGUGAAAGUAGCCAUCACUGCACCCGACCCCUCCUUUUGUAUUUAUUAAUCCCAGUUUAGAGUGUGAAUUACAUCCAACUCCUUAUUUUCUCUGAUGUUAUUUCAGCCUUAUUUAAACCUGGCCCCAGAAUCCAGGCCCUUGAGCUACAGGAUGCUGACAGAGAAGGUCAGUCAACAAAUCACAGGCUCGGUGUUCCAGUUCUAAAGGGUGAACAAUCUCAGCAGGGAGGGUCAUUUGCCUUCUAUAAUGAAUGCCAAGACACUUAAUCCAUAAGCAGUUAUUGAGGCUAUUGUCUCACAAAUUAAGGAUGCACAAGUAUAGUUGUACAAAAUGGCCCUUUAUACAAAUUCUGUCUGAUCCAGGCACUACUCACUGUAGCUAUGAGUACUGGAGGAUUAUCCAGUAGUACUUUUUCAAGAUAUGAAGU